UAUUGUGCUGUGUUGCGCAUUUUGAAAAACAUUUUGAAAUCAGAAACCAAACAACUAGAUUAUCAAAUUAUAUCUAAAUAUGUCACGCGAUUUUGGCCGAAAAGACUAUUAUAAUCGUGACAGUGAGCGCAGUCGUGAGUGGCGAGAUCGAAACGAUUAUCGCUACGAGAAAGAUAGGCCUUUGCCGAGGAAGCGAAGCCGAAGUCCGCCUCCAAGGGAGGUGGAUAAGCGUCGUAGUCGGUCUCCGAGGAAGAGUGAGAAAGAGUUGCUGGAUGAAAAUAUUCUCAGUGAAAUAUCCAAGUUGCCGGAGCCCAGCGAACUGUGGGACGGACAGAACCAAAAUAACAUGCAGGACACUGGAUAUUCGGCGCCGCCGCCGCCGUCGAUCGCACCGUUCGCAUCUGAAGGAAAUUACACAGGCAAUUACCAGCCUUCCUACUCUGGGAUAUAUGAUGACUUUCCCUCCGUGGGCUCCAUACCAGCUCCACCCCCUCCCGACAUGUCCACAUGGAAUCAGAUGUCACUUCCACCACCGCCCACUCCUCCUGUAUACAAUAUUGAAGAUCAAAUAAAGAAAGAAGCCGCUAUAGAGACAGAAAUGCGUCAUCAAAAAGCCGCACUGUCGAAACAACGCGAAGAUUACAUAAAGAAAACGGCUAUACUGAAGAAGGAGCUAGACACGUUGAAAGACCAACGCAACGAGCUUCGAGGCGACGCCAAACGAUCGCCGAGCCCUGACACAAAACGUUUCUUGAAAGAGAACACUAAAUUGCAGUUGGAGAUACAAAACAAACUGAAGACCAUCAACAACGUCGUAGACAUGCUCAAUGGAAUCAUAGGGGAGCAGGCACCCGACGUGGUCGAGUCGGAGGAGCCGCCUGAGCGAGGUUCCAAGCGGAAGUCUAGGUCCCCGUCCGGUAAGAAGUUCAACUACGUGUACUACGACCCAGAGAUGCACUGGUGCCGCGUGUGCAACGAGUUCCCGCCCACCGCCAAGGACUACCUGAACCACCUGCACUCGCCGGCGCACCACAAGAUGGCAGCCCAGCACAUGGAGGCUCCGUGGCACAGUGUGACGGGGGUCAACGAGGGCUUCCCAAGCUUUGCCUCCGCGCCCACCAAGCGGACCCCCAUUAGAGGCCUGCAGUUCUUCGUGCCGUCGACGGCGUGGUACUGCAAGCUGUGCGACCAGUUCAUCGGCGACCUGCACUGUGCGUCUGCGCAUCUCAAGUCGCUCACGCACUCCAAGAACUAUACCAACUUCGUGGAGCAGAACCCGCACUGGGAGACGGACUGGAUGUCGGACCGCCAGAAGGCGUUCGAGAAGGCGCGCGCCGGCAACAAGGCCAAGCCCGACGACAAGCCGCAGUACACCGCGCACACCAUCACGUUCAACAAGGAUGGCUUUCACACUAAACGGAAGAUCGACAGCCCUCCGCCGCUCGCUGAGGCCAAGAAGAAGAAAGACAAGAAAAAGAAGAGUAAGAGGAAGAGAAGCAGCAGCAGCAGUUCGAGCAGCAGUUCCAGCGCGUCCGACAGCGAGCCGAAGAAGAAGAAGAAAAACAAGAAGAAUAAGUCUGCCGAGAAACUGACGGAGUGGAUGUCCUCCAUACAGAUGGAUCGCCUCAAUGACAACGAUAGAAAACUGCUGGACACCAUCAAAAUCAGGAUCCAGCAGGACAAAGACGAUAAGCGGCGGUCGGAGCCGGCCGUGAUUGACCUCUGCAGUACCAGCAGAGAUCGCGAGGAGAAGAAUCGGGCGCGGGACAAGCGCGACGAUCGUGACCGGAAUCGCGACAGUCGCACACGGGACCGCAACAGUCGAGCGAGAGAUCGGAACAGUCGGCCUCGAGAGAGCAGAUCCCGAGACGAUCGCGACAAGAGGGACGAGUCGCGGCGCGGCGACCGGAGGGACGACCGCAGGGAUGACAGGAGAGAUGACGACCGCGACCGGAGGAGCCCUGCGCGCAGUGAGGCCAAGAAAGCUGACGGUGUGCGCAAAAUGCCCUUUAUUGGAAAGAUGCCCGUGUUUAAGAGUUUGACCAAAAACACCAAAGCUGAGGAUUCUAAGAAGGAAGAAAAGAAGAAAGAAGACGAAGAAACGAAAAAGAGGCAAGAGAUUGACGCGGAGAUUCAGAAAAAGGUGGCGGAGUUCAAGGAGAAGAUAGCGAAGGCCCAGCUAGAAAGACAACAGGCGGAAAUAGGUCCGCCGCAGCUACUUUUGUCGAUGCCAUUCAUCCCGCCCGCCCCCGCCCCCGCGCCGCCCGCCGCGCCCGCGCCUACGCCCCAACCACCGCCACCGGCGCUGCCGAAAGAUUUCCAGGAAGCUUUGGAUAUAAUCUUCCCUUCCGCUGAGCAACAUGCAGAAAUGGGCCAACAGGACCUGUUCUCUGGAAUACCAGGUCUUGGACCGGGUUUCCCUGGGAUACCAGGUCUAAUGAACCCGUUUCCGCAGAUGAGCAUCCUAGGUCAACCUCCUCCACACAUGAUGAUGGGAUUCGAUAUGAACCCUUCCUUAUUUGGACCCAGACCGCAACUGUACGACACUCACGUACCCCUGGUACCGAAUGCUAGACAAAACAAGAACAAAAACGCCGGCCCAGACAAGAGGCACAACAAUCAAAACAACAGGAACGUCCAAAAUAAAAAUUUCAACAACAGAAACAACAAUAAAAAUAACCAAAACAACAACAAAAAUUUCAACCAAAACAUCAACAAGAAUAACAACGCAAGCAACAAUAAAAAUGAUAUCGCACCAAAUAGCAACGCAGCUCAGAACAACUCCCUUGCAAGUAAUGCAACAAGUACUGCCAACACAACGAGUGCAACUACAACAACAAAUGAAACCAAAACUGCAGUUGCAAUAGCCGCUGCGAAGCAUAAGGAAGAGUUGGAUGAUCUGGCCAUGUUGGGUAUCGACGCUUCGGAUGUUGGCGCUGGCAUUUAAAACUCUUACUACUUGAUGCGGUUGAUUGGUCUUUAUAAAAGUGCAUUGCUGCACAGACAUCUCGAGUUUGUGCUUUAAGUAGCGUUACGGGGGGCUUACUACCAUCUCUUGGAGCAGUAUUAUUUUGAUAUUAUUGGUGUUUUAUUACAGAAUUUUAAUCCCUGGUAGCUUUUGUCGGUGUUAGUCUUACGCGUUUUUAGAAAUCACGAGAGAAUCGGUGGGGCGAAAAGUAGUCUAUGUUACUCUAUGCCAAAAAUCUAGUUCAUUGGUUGCUAAGUUACAUACAAACGCUUUCGCAUUUAUAAUAUCAGUUAGGGUUGUAGGAUGGUAAGGUAUGUCGAAUAAACUUAUAUAAAGUAAUACUGCUUUAAGCGACGGUAGUAAGCCUCCAAUACUCUAUUAUAAGUCUAAAUGCUGUACCUGAGCAGAUUUCACACACAUGCACUUAACGUACAUUGGACGAAUGAUAUGAGCGCGAUAGCACGAGUCUAUUGUUGCUCUGAAGGCUCAUAUAAACUAGCGGCAAAUCGCCAAUGAUAGACGUAACUGUCGCGUGCGUGCACAGGAAUUUGGACCAGGGUAGCCAAAAAGAAGUAAAAUGGCAUAAAAUGGCAAAAUCCUCCUCUGUUGCCAGAUAUAUGAAAAUGUUAGGGUAGGCAGCGCUUUUAUGCAUGUAUGAAGUGCACGCCACUGAUAACUGUAGCCUUCGACAACUGUUGGCGGCUGCUCGACGGCAGCCGAGUCAUUGACGCUGCCGCUGACGGCAUGCGACGGGUACAGUCUCUGCCGUUUGCAAUGUGCAAAAAUAACCCUUGGAUUAGAUAAUAGAUAGUAACUUAUAAAAGCUGAGCUGCUUUAUUUGAUACAUAGAUAGAUAAAUUCUUUAUUACACACAAUUAAGGAAUACAGAUAAUACAUAUUGGAAAUAGUAAAACAACAAAAAUAAAAAUUGGCAAAGGCGGUCUUAUCGCUUUAAGCAGUUUCCUCCAGACAACCCUUAAUAAAAGAAACAAAUAAAUGAUGAUGAUAACGUAUAAUAACUAAAAUGAUUGUGAUUUUAUUGUGUGGCCAUUUUCAGUAAGUUAAAUUACGCAAGCAAUAAUACUGUAGGAGCUAAUGUACAAAUGGUUAGACCUUUUAAAAACUUCUAAUACUGAUUAUCAAAUUAGUAAUUUAUAUACGCAAUGAAAUAUAACUAAUUUCAUAAAAUAUAUGGAGCAAGCAGAGGACAAGAUUAUAAUUCUUAUCAAUAGCCUAAAACAGCCCACUGCACGGCCUUUUCCAUAAAUGCAUAAUAUACCUAAGCUACGCUGGUAGGUAUUAGUAGCACAGGGGACACUUUUUUUGAUUAUACACUUUAUUCGUACACCACAAAAAAAAAACAAUGGACACAUCGAUGCAAACUUAGAAAGUAGGAUACAAAAGGCGGCCUUAUCGCUUAGUAGCAGACACCCGUUCUCCGUUAUAUUCCCUCAUUGGCCUCUUACGAAACCCACGGUGACUUGCCGUCAGCACGUUAGAACGCGGCACAUUAUAUAACCGUCAUUAUACAAUUAAUAUUCAUUUCGUAAUUUUUAUUUUAUUAUUUUUAAGUGCACAUCCUGCUAUUGUUUUAAGCUAAAUAAUCUAUAUUGGUCUAAGAUUACAAAUUAUACAAAUUAUACCUUUUAUUUACUGAAGGUAUUUAAGAAACUGCUCAACCAAAGUUUUAAAUUUAUUACCUUUUUGACUAUUCAAAUACACAAUUUUAUCUAUGACAUAAUAUUUUGUAUCCAACAACUAAAAUACUUAUCUUAUUAUAGCUUAAUAUAUCUUUAGAAGCUGUGAACGUAAUUUCUGACUUAUUUUCUCAAAUACCAUGUCUUCCAUAUACUGAUGCAGGAAUACUUCCAUAUUUAAUAAUUGCACGGAACAUCGACGAUAGUUCUAAAAGGAAGAGAUAUAGAAUAUUUCCCCUUUCUCUUCAUCCCCGAAAUUUGCAAAGAGAAAAAGUGCCACGUCUUCCAUACACUGAGAAAAGAAUACUUACAUGUUAAAUAGUUUUAUAGAACAUGGACGAUAGUCAGGAAAAUAAUCAAUUGCUCUUAAUUCAUUACACUUUAUAAAAUAUUGCACACUACAACACAACACUAAUUUUAUUAUUAAAUCAUACAA